UAUUGUCCCUACCGUCGCCCCGUCCACGCAGCGGACGUUGUAGCAUCAACAUGGCGGCGGCGGCGGCGCUGCUGCGGGAGGUCUCAAUGUCAGCCGCUUGGAUGAGACCCCUCGCUCAUGGGGCAGGGACGAGAGCAGGCGCCGGUGAGGUCUGCUUGACUGCGGCCAGGUCACUGAACACUUCCACAUGGCAGCUGGCAGAGGACCAAGCCCAAGACAAGCAACUCAUCACAGUCGAUGAAAAAUUGGACCUUACACCUCUAACGGGUGUGCCAGAGGAGCAUAUUAAAACCAGAAGAGCUCACAUUUUUGUUCCAGCCCGUAAUGCCAUGCAAGCAGGUGUAAACAACACCAAAAAAUGGAAGAUGGAAUUUGACACAAGGGAGCGCUGGGAAAACCCAUUGAUGGGUUGGGCAUCUUCGGCGGAUCCUAUGUCCAAUCUGUUUCUGACUUUUGCUACGAAAGAAGAAGCUAUCGCUUUUGCUGAAAAGAAUGGCUGGAGCUAUGAUGUUCAAGAGCGGAGGAUUCCAAAACCUAAAUCCAAGUCUUAUGGUGCAAACUUUUCUUGGAACAAAAGAACAAGGGUGUCCACAAAAUAGGUUGGCAUUGGCUGUCUCUGCGUCUGACUGUGAAUAAAGUCAGCUGUGCUGUAUUUAUAGUCCAUGUAUAAUACAUCUCUUAAUCUCCUAAUAAAUUUGACCUUUAAACUA